AUGGGUGUUAGCCAAGUCUGUAGUGCCCCGUUGGGCGUUUAUCGAUAUAUCAGUAAUCUGGCCCCACAGCCCGCUGCUAUAGCACAGGUCUUCAACGGUCAUGGUGCGCUCUCUCUUUCCGCUUUAAAUUCACAGUCAAACAAGUCUCCUUUAUCACAGUCGACCGUCGAGCUAGACCAGAAAAUACAAGAUGUCUUCAAGCGCAUCGAGAAGGAACGCAAAUUCAUCGACGCUUCACGCUUAAUCAGACAAGCAACCACAAAUCCCGAUGUUCUGCGUCAAAAUGAUGCAAAAGUUCGCGAGGCAGAGCGUUCGCUUUCUUAUUUCGAGGAUACUCUCCGCGAACUACAAGCUCGUAAGCUACAGCGCGAUGAUCCCUCUAGAUCGGGUACUGCUACAUCUCCUCAUCAACAACUAUUCAAACCAGGUCGUUCCUCUGAUAGAGAUCGUUCACUUCCCCGAAUCCCCCCCUUUGAUCAAGAUUCCACUCGUGGAGCCUCUUCUAGUGCCACUCUCGUCCCCGGCGAUGAUACAGACGGCAUUCCCAAGGCAAAGCAAUAUACAAACCUCGAUCUUAUCAAAGCAGAUACCCCCCUUACAACUCCAAAGAUAUCUCGUAUGCUUCAUCAGCUCGAGUUCAAACUGCAAGUCGAAAUGCAGUACAAGAAGGGCAUCGACAAGAUGUCCAAGCUUUAUCAGGCAGACGGCGACAAGAAAUCUCGCGCAGAUGCGGAAAGCAAGCGUGUUGAGAGCGAGAAGAAAAUUCAACUCCUUCAAUCCGCUCUCAAAUGCUACAAGAACCUCCAUAUCCUCGAUGACGUCGAGGAAGAAGAGCAGCCAGCAGGUCCCGAUGGCGAACGUAAAGAUAAUUUACGCGCUAAGCCGCUAUCCGGCAAGCUCUACGUGACUGUCAAAGGAGCACGCGAACUCGAACACACUCCAAUCGUAACCGGUUUCAGAUCCCGUCCUUCCUCCAAACAGGUCCGUGAGACCUUCGUAUCACUUAAAAUUGAAGGAACCCAACGCGCUCGUUCCCACCCUUCACGAACCGACCGCUGGAAUGAAGAUUUUGAAAUCACCGUCGAUAAAGCUAACGAAGUCGAAAUCGCGGUCUAUGAUAAACAAGUAUCCGAAGUUCACCCGGCUCCUAUUGGAUUACUCUGGAUAAGAAUCAGCGACCUUGUCGAAGCGCUCAGACGACAAAAGGUCAUGAUGGACAGCCAGGGUGGCUGGGUCACUGCUGGUGCCAUGGAUGGUGACUCUCCUGUCAAUCGUUCCCCUCAGCAUAUGGGUGGAUUCGGCGAUGUCAAUGCUCCUCUCAAUAUAGAACCUGAUGGGGCAGGUAAUCCACCAGGUGGCACAACGGCAUUCACGAGUCAGAACGAAGGCAUUGAUGCGUGGUUCGCGGUUGAACCGGUCGGCGCCCUUGCAUUACAUCUCAACUUCGUCAAGGAGAACGUGCGCAAGCGCCCGCUAGAUGCUCCCGGUGGUCUCGGCCGCCAGGGCGCUGUCAGAAAACGAAAGGGUGAAGUCCACGAGAUGAAUGGCCAUAAAUUCGUACAACGGCAGUUCUAUCAACUCAUGCUUUGUGCCUUUUGCAACGACUUUCUACUCAACGCCCUGGGUUACCAGUGUGAAGACUGCCGAUACACCUGUCACAAGAAAUGUUACGAGAAAGUCGUUACCAAGUGUAUAUCAAAGUCAAAUACUGGGGAGGGUGAUGAAGAGAAGAUCAACCAUCGCAUCCCCCAUCGCUUCGAGCCCCUCACAAACAUCGGCGCAAACUGGUGCUGCCACUGCGGUUACAUGCUUCCCCUUGGUCGCAAGAAUGCACGCAAGUGCUCAGAGUGCGAUAUCACCUGCCAUGCUAACUGUGCACACCUCGUGCCUGAUUUCUGUGGCAUGUCAAUGGAGACAGCCAAUCAGCUCCUCCGUGAUUGGCGCGAUAUCAAUCGCGCGCGUGGGGGUAAAGCAGCAGCAGCGGUAUCACGACCCAUAGCCCUCGCUCCCACCCCGCAGACUCAAACGCAGGUAUCUCCACCUGUGGAAGUGCCGCUUAGUGAUAGUCUGGACAGGAUGCAACUUGAGGGGGGAGAAGUGGCUCCUGUACCUGGGAUGUUUGUGGAUGCGUUUGGGCGCCGCACGCCUGCGCAGGAUGGUGUUGAUCCUCGUUAUUAUCAGCAGCAACCGCUGUCUAGUGUUCCUCCUCGUCCUCCCCCAGGUGCUCGAGUCCCGGUCCCCCCUGCUUACCCAAAUGAACAGUUGCUACCUCCCCCACCGCCGCCUCAGCCACAGGCAGCUAUGGUGUAUGAGCAGGAAGAGUACUCAAUACCCGCGCCACAGAAACAGACCUCGUAUCUACAAUCGGGUUUGCCGAUGCAACCUCCUCCUGGGCCCCAGUAUGCACCGCGAUCUCAGGACCCUCAUUUAGUCUCGCCAGUCCAGGCGAUGCCUCCGAUGCAGCGAGUUGCAACUCGCAAGCGUAAAGUUGGCCUCGACGACUUCAACUUCCUGGCUGUCUUGGGUAAGGGCAACUUCGGUAAGGUUAUGCUCGCGGAGGAGAAAAAGACAAACGGAUUGUAUGCCAUCAAGGUGCUCAAGAAGGAGUUUAUUAUUGAUAACGAUGAGGUCGAGAGCACCCGUUCAGAAAAACGAGUAUUCUUGGCUGCUGCUCGUGAACGGCACCCGUUUCUGCUUGGUUUACACUCGUGUUUCCAGACGGAAACGCGCGUAUACUUUGUCAUGGAGUACGUCAGUGGCGGUGACCUCAUGUUACACAUCCAACGCAAACAGUUCUCGCUUCGCCAAGCGAAGUUUUACGCGUCGGAGGUUCUUCUUGCUCUGGAGUAUUUCCAUGCGAACGGCAUCAUCUACCGUGAUCUGAAGCUUGAUAAUAUUCUGCUUACCCUUGACGGACACGUCAAGGUUGCUGAUUACGGUUUGUGCAAGGAGGAUAUGUGGUAUGGCUCGACCACGAGCACGUUCUGUGGUACUCCCGAGUUUAUGGCUCCCGAAAUUCUGCUGGAGCAACGAUACGGCCGCGCCGUAGAUUGGUGGGCAUUUGGUGUCUUGACGUAUGAGAUGUUGCUUGGGCAAUCGCCAUUCCGUGGCGAUGACGAAGAUGAAAUCUUUGAUGCCAUCUUGGAGGAUGAGCCUCUAUAUCCCAUCACCAUGCCGAGAGAUGCUGUUUCCAUCCUGCAAAAGCUGUUGACUCGCGAUCCCACGCGACGUUUGGGAUCUGGGAAAGCCGAUGCUGAGGAGAUCAAGAGACAUCCCUUCUUCAAGGAUGUGAGCUUUGACGAUGUCUUGAACAAACGCAUCCCACCGCCGUACUUCCCAACUAUAAACGGGAGCGCGGACACCAGUAACUUCGAUGAAGAAUUUACAAAGGAGCAGCCGACAUUAACGCCCGUUCACGGACAAUUGUCUGCAAAGGACCAACAGGAAUUCAGCGGAUUCUCAUGGGUCGCUUCUUGGGCAGAUGUAUGA